AUGAAGUCAAUAAUAAUAACAACAUCAAGUUGUACACCACAUUUAUUACCAAAUACAAGACCCCAUAAUCUUGGUCAUUCACUAACAGUUAAAACUAUUCCUACAAAACGACCAUUUAAUGCUUUUCCAACAUGUACAACAACAACACAAAAUCAAUCUGCAUUUCGAUCGAAAAUUGAGUCAAGCAUGCAAGCUUUAUCAAAAGAAUCUACAACAGUUAAAUAUGAUAAUGAUCAACGUCAUAUAAAAACAAAGCAGGUUAUCAUUGCGGUUCUAACCUUGUGA